UUUACUCGUUCCGAAAUACACUUAAAGUUACGGAUAAAUCCGUACACUUACGGAAUUUACCGAAAUAGGAAGCCAAUCGGAGAAAAGUGGGAAUUUCCCUAACUUCAUAUUUUUUUCCGUGUUUUGAAUUUAAAUCGAUUUUAAGCCAUAGAUCAAAGUUCAAAAUGGAGGAGAAUGGGAACAGCAGAAGUUCCUCAGAUUCUGUUGACAGUCCUCAGAUAAAUGGACAUUAUGAGAUGGACCAUAUUAGUGAUGAAGAUGAUGGUCAACCAAGGCUCAAGAUAAUAGAGCAGCCACAGCAGAGAGGAUUUCGUUUUCGUUACGAGUGUGAAGGUCCAUCACACGGAGGCCUGCAAGGGGCUUCAAGUGAGCGUCACAGAAAGACGGUUCCAGCUGUAAAGAUUCGUAAUUACCAUGGACCUGCAAGGAUAAGCGUCAGCCUAGUAACAGAUGAGACUGUGCCAAAGUCUCACGCUCAUAAACUUGUUGGUAAACAUUGUACUGAUGGUGUGUGUAUAGUCGAUGUGAAACCCGGCACCUCACAAAUCUCAUUUCCAAACUUAUGCAUACAACAUGUAACAAGAAAGAAGGCAUCUGAGGUAUUAGAACAGCGUAUAUGUAAUGCCAUAAAGGAGGCAAAGAUGAGGGAAUUGCAUAACUGGAACAGACCUGUCGUACUAAAAGAGGAUGAAAAGAAGAGAGCAAAACAGGAGGCAGCAUCUCAAGCCAAAGGAAUGCAGUUAAAUGUUGUACGUCUGUGUUACCAAGGUUACCUAACAGACAAUGAUGGCAAUGUUACAGCAGCACUGGAAUCUAUUAUAUCAGACCCUAUAUAUGAUAGCAAAGCUCCAGGUGCCAAUGCGUUAAAGAUAUGUCGAAUGGAUAAAUAUAGUGGAUGCUGUACCGGAAAUGAUGAAGUCUUCUUAUUGUGUGAAAAAGUUCAGAAAGAUGAUAUAAUGGUGAGAUUUGUGGAGCAGGAUCCAGAAGGAAAUGUUGUAUGGGAAUCGUACGGUCUCUUCGGACCAUUUGAUGUACAUAGACAGUUUGCUAUUGUCUUCAAGACACCAGAGUAUCGUGAUGUAAACAUUCAAUCUCCUGUCAAUGUACUGGUAAUGUUACAGAGGAAAUCUGACGGUGAAUCAAGUGAUCCAAAGUCCUUCACCUACUACCCCAGAAUCAGAGAUAAAGAAGAUAUUUACCGUAAACGUAGAAAACUGAUACCUAACUACCCUCAUACUGGUGGUUUUGACAACAUGAAACCCUCUAUAGGAGGGUCAAGUAACGGUGGUGGAGCAGGAAGUACAGAUAAUAGUAACGGCAUGCAGAAUGGAGGAUCAAUACCAAAGUUUGAUAGCCUUCCAUUAUCAGCUCAUCAGUUUGGACAGAUACCACUAAAUCUAGGCAAUACAGGAAGACCAGUCUUGCAUGCUAAGAGAACACUGUCAUCAUUCCAUCAGACCAAUUCACCAGCUCUAUAUUCAGGUGCUUCUGCAGAUAUACUGUCACAUUCCACAGAUUUUGUAUAUGAAGAGGUCUCCAACCUUAGCCCACCUAUGGCUCAAAUGCAAGGAGCCAGUUCCCCACAAUACUUUAUGGAAGGUCAAACAAUGGCGAUGGAUAACUCUGUUGGUAGCAACAUGUCUGCCACAUCACCAUAUAAUAAUGGUGGAGUAAUGAUGGGUUCCCCUCAGAAUAUGAGCCAGGCAUCAGUACAACAGUUUGGAGCCGGGGCUCUUUCUCCACAGCAUCAAAUUCAUCCAAGCUCUCCACAGAAUAAUGCUAUGUCUCCACAAAUGCCCAUGGGAUCACAGAUGCAGAGCAUGCCUGUAUCAGAGAGUGGUAUGUUAAAUUCCCAGGUGGCACAGAUUGAGUCAGACCUCCAGAUGACAAUAAAUGAUCUCAAAUUAGAACCGGUUUCUCAACCUGUACAAGUUUCAAAUUUGUCAUCUGAAAAUUUAGAGAUGGACUACAUUUUGUCGCAUACACAGCUGAACUCACCACUCAAUACAAGCUUAUUUGAUCAAUACAACCAGGCUGCCAGCCAAGUUAUGGAGAAUAAAGGUUACCAAGGUCAAUAUAGAAACUAUGGUUACAUAAAGCAACAGCCAUUUACCCAGCAAACUUGUAGGUAUACUGCAAGAGGUUCUCAGGAUACAGACCUACAGGACGUUAUUGAUGUUUUAGACAUGGUAGAUGGAGCGCCACCUAGAGGUGAACCUUGUGAAGAUUAUGAUGAGGUCGACAGUGCUAGAGCUGAUAACUUUGACAUGUCAGAUUUGGUUUCCAGAUCAGUAGCAUCACCUGGUAAUUUUAUACCGCAGUCGGCAAAGAUUGACCCUGGAAUAACAAAAGGUGUGACUGUAUCAGAACCAGUGCAGGAACAACCGGCACCAUACAUCCCCUCGGUGCAUGAUGUCACUUCAAGACAAACUGUUGUAUCACAAAGUAGUAAAGAAACAACCGUAACUACGAAAACUAUUACCACUAAAGAAACAUGUGUACAGGCCGAGUCUGUGCAGAAAACUGACACAUCAGCACAGACAGAAAUGGACCCAAUGUUGAAGUUAGCGAUGAAGACGUCAGAGGCGUUACAGUUUUAUGCGGCGUCGGGUGAUAUCAGGUCAUUACUAAUGGUGCAGAGAUUUCUAAUGGCCGUACAGGAUCAAGAUGGAGACUUACCUUUGCAUACAGCCUUAAUCAACCAAAGAUAUGAAGUAUUCCAGAACAUUCUAGAUGUCAUGGUAACUCUUCCAGAUGCAUAUGCCAGGAUAAAUGCCUAUAACUUUCAUCACCAGACCCCUCUUCAUCUUGCUGUUAUAACACAACAGCCUCAUGCUGUAGACUUGUUGAUCCGUGCCGGCGCUGAUACCACCCUGGUAGACCGUAAUGGUUACACUGCGGCUCAUCUUGCUGUAUUGUAUGGACAAGAUGACUGCCUUAAAAAUUUGUUGAAAUAUUUACGUCCAGGUGUCAGCUCCAAACAGCCUUUCCCAGAACUAAACAUGAGAUGUUAUGAUGGUUUUACACCAACUCAUCUAGCAGCCCAGUUAGAGAACUUGACAGCGAUGAAGUUGCUGGUAUAUGGUAAAGCAGACGUAAAUUUAGCUGACGGAAAAAGUGGGCGUACACCUUUACAUCAUGCUGUAGAAACAGAUGACCUAUCAUUGGCUGCUUACCUUAUCCUUCAGGCCGGAGCUAAUGUGAACAUGAAGAGAUUUGAUGGUAAUACAGCCCUCCAUGUGGCCUGUGGUCGUGGAAACGUCGGCAUGGUAGCUCUUCUAAUGGCAGGUGGUGCCGACCCUAAUGUUGAGAAUGAUGAUAUAGUUAGUGACGAGGAUGAAUCUGAAGACAGUGAUUCUCAAGAAAGUGGUGAAGAGAAUACACAUGAUGAUAUUGCAGACAAUAAAAACAUUGAAAAAUCUGAUGAUGUUGAUGAUAAAGAUCUAGACACAGAAAAAGAACCAAAGAAAAAAGAUAAAGAUACUGUUGACGGUCAACAUGGAAAAGGCAAUAAACUAGUUAAAGAACACACUAGGAAAGGAUUAAUACCUGCAGACUUUGCUAAUUGUAAUGAAAAGAUUCUUCGAGUUUUAAAUGGAGAGCCGUACUCAAGUCUAUCAGAUUCUGAUACAGACAGUAUGCAACAUGUUACAACUAAAAUGUCAUCCAUGCGGUUUAUUUCCAAUGAUAGUGGACGUAGCAGUUUAGGGAUAUGCUCAGGUGUGUAUCAUUCAGGUGGAGAUAUGUGUCGGGUGGAUUACCCUGUACGACUUAUUCUAUCCAAUAAGCUAGAUCCUUCUUGUGAAGGCUCGGACUGGCAGGCUUUGGCUGAUAAGCUAGGAAUGAAGAUGUUGAUGCAAGGUCAUCUGGGAGAUCACAGUCCAACUAGACUGCUUCUCAACUUUUAUGAGGAGAAUGGAGGUACAGUUGAUAAACUAUUACAAGGAUUGAAGGAUAUAAAGAGAGAAGACUGUGUCACUUUAUUAAAAGAUAUAGUGAACCAGACUACAGGAACUGAUGAGAAACAGAAUAAACAUGAACAGAAAGAUCCAACAUGUGAUUCUGGUGUGUCAGACAGUUUUCAUAAAUCCUCAUCUCCUGAACAUAAAUCAAAUAUUGUAACAUAACCUGGGAUAUAAGAGACGUUGUGACAUGCAAUAAUGUAUAGGUCAUUUCUUAUGAUCUAAAAUGUUCUUUGUUGUAAAGAUUGUUUCGGAUGGGUUUGAAAAACUAGAAUAACAAGAACAAAACUAUGUACUGUAGGUUAGAUUGAACACUCAACUAGUGAUAAUAAAAGUGUGAGAUAUGUAAGACAUCUCAAGACGUAAAGAACUAUGUUGUACAUAAUUUAAAUGUGAUAUCAUUGAUUAUAUAUCCAUCAUUUGCUUAUUCUGUACACAUUUUAUGAGUUUCAUUGUAACAUUAAGUAAUCUGUUGUUUAAUUGUGAUUUAUAUCUUUAUUAACAUU